CUUCAAAAUUUGGAUGUUUAUAAACUACCAGGAAGACUAAGAUAAAAUCAUUAAGAAUUGUUCAUAAUUUUAUUAGAAAAUCCAAUUCACUUGCAUGGCUUUGAUCUAAGUUUGCCCUUAGUUUAUAGAUUCUGGUUAAUUUAGAUGUAAGGAUGCAUUUUCUAAUGAAUAAGAGCAAUACAGAAGAGUCAACCAGAUAUUUUCAGCUCUAUUUCUAAUAAAUUGAAAAUA